CCAUGUGCGCUGCUCAGCGUUCCGCUGCCGCCCUAGCGGCGGUGGCCCCACGCUCGGUGUAUGCCUUCUCUGCGCGCCCGCUGGCUGGAGGGGAGCCCAUAAGCCUGGGCUCCCUACGGGGCAAGGUGCUGCUCAUUGAGAACGUAGCGUCGCUCUGAGGCACAACGGUGCGGGACUACACCCAGAUGAAUGAGCUGCAGCGGCGCCUCGGGCCCCGGGGCCUGGUCGUGCUCGGCUUCCCGUGCAACCAGUUUGGACAUCAGGAAAAUGCCAAGAAUGAGGAGAUCCUGAAUUGCCUCAAGUACGUCCGACCAGGCGGCGGGUUCGAGCCCAACUUCAUGCUCUUCGAGAAGUGUGAGGUGAAUGGCGCAAAUGCUCACCCGCUCUUCGCCUUCCUCCGCGAGGCUCUGCCCACACCCAGUGACGAUGCCACUGCCCUCAUGACCGACCCCAAGUUUAUCACCUGGUCUCCAGUGUGUCGCAAUGACAUCGCAUGGAACUUCGAGAAGUUCCUGGUGGGCCCAGACGGUGUGCCCCUGCGCAGGUACAGCCGUCGCUUUCUGACCAUCGAUAUCGAGCCUGACAUCGAAGCCCUGCUGUCCCAGGAGCCUAGCAGUGCCUAGAGUGCCCCCUCCUACCCCUGCUGCUUGGCAGUUACAGUGCUACUCUCGGGAUUUUAUCCAUGAAAGUGUUUCCUCUAAACCUAUGUGGAGGAACACCUGAUGUCCAGGAAAAUCCCCUGAGAUGGGCGCUGGUCCUGUCCAUCCCAGCUUCCCCUUUCCCAGACCACAGUUCCUCA